AUGCAGGAGCAUUCCACGCAGCAAGAGGCCGACUCGUCGCCCAUGGACCAGAAGAAGGCAGCAGAGAAGCUCUCUGGAGCUUUGAUGUCGCUCAGCAUUGCCGGCGAUGGCACAGCCAAUAAGGCAGUCAAGUCAUCGCCUGCUUCUGACGCCAUGAGUCUUGAGCACGAGCUCAACACCACUUCCAAGGACAGCGCCCCUGUCGAUAAGGACUCUGACUGUCAGCGCAACACGGCCAAGUCCGCUAAGAAGAAGCUCGCCGACAAGGAGCGCAGCAAGAAGAAGCGUGCCAUGAAGAACCUUGAGAACAAGGGCGUCUGUAUGGAGUCCAUUGGCAAGGAAGGUGAGGGCAAGAACGACGGCGAGAAAGACGUGAACGGCGACAACGCCGACGGCAACUGCACCCUGGAAGAGCUGUUGGAGGAAGGUAAAGAGCUUCUGGAGGAUCUCCGUUACUUCAAGAUGCAGGAUCGGAUGACGCUAUCAGUCCACCCUGUCAUGCGGGCUGCCCUCAUGGAGGAAGGAGCAGCAAGAAGAGAGGAGAACCACAAGGACUGGACUAUCAGACGCGAUUCCUUCGUCGCUAGCGGUGAGGCGUUCAUCAGCAGCAAGAUGAAAACCGCCCAGAAGGCCAGCACCAAGGAGAACGAGGCUAUUGGUCUCCUGAAGGAGUAUCUUCUCAUGAAGAUCAUCGUCCUCUAG